AUCAUCGCUUCUGCCGUGAGGACGAUACGGAAACUGACUGCCUUCGCAGUCAUGACGUCGGCGCUGGUCGGUCACGUGACAUGCGUCCCUACUCCCAAACCUUGUGAACUGAUCGUAAAGUAGUGCACCAGCACAGUAAUGUUAUGCAGAGCAGAUGGUCAUGGCUUGGAAGUCGAGGACCCGCAGUCUACAAGUGUUUGACACGGAGCAGAGUGCUGACACGGUCGAGUGGUGUCCUGUUUCACCGAGCCACAACAUCCUGGCCUGCGGGACAUAUCAGCUACAGAAAGGGGCAGGAGAAGAGGAUGCCACCCUGAGCCGGACUGGUCGUUUGUACCUUUUUGACUUUCGGCAAGAAGGAUCGAGUCCUCCUCUCAUUGAACUGCAGCGCAUGGACACAGCGGCCAUUUUAGAUUUGAAAUGGUGCCAUGUGCUGGUGUCGGGGAAGGCAAUGAUAGGAAUAGCAACUGCCACAGGGGAGCUGCAGCUGUACACAAUGUCAAACAGUCAGGAAGGCAGCUGCAGCCUUCAGACUCUGAGCAGUCUGGAGGUGGGAGCAGAGCGGCUGGCUCUGUCAUUAGACUGGUCCACUGGAAGAAUGGACAGCAGCAGUGAUGUGCGGGUGCUGUGCAGUGACUCUGCAGGCUGUGUCAGUGUGCUUUCUCUGGCUGAAGGCACUCUGACAGCUCUGUCACAGUGGAAGGCCCAUGACUUUGAGGCCUGGAUCACAGCCUUCUCAUACUGGGAUACACAACUGGUUUACUCCGGUGGUGAUGACUGCAAACUUAAAGGCUGGGAUCUCAGGGUGGGUCCCACCUGCCCAACUUUUACCAGUAAAAGGCACUCAAUGGGUGUGUGCAGUAUUCAGAGCAACCCACAUCGGGAACACAUCCUGGCUACAGGCAGCUAUGAUGAGCAGGUUUUGCUGUGGGAUGGCAGGAACAUGAGGCAGCCUCUCAGUGAGAGUGCCAUGGGUGGUGGAGUGUGGAGGCUGAAGUGGCAUCCAACCCAUCAGCACCUGCUGCUGGCAGCCUGCAUGCACAAUGACUUCCAUAUCCUUCAAUGCCAGCAGGCCCUGGAGGGCAGUGGAGGAGCUUGUCCUGUUGUGGCCUCCUAUAUCCUCCACAACUCCUUAGCGUACGGAGCUGACUGGUCCCGGCUGUCCCUGGAAGAACCUGCUCCCCGCUCUCCUCCUGCUGCAGAACCAAAGGAAAGCCUCACAGAAAGUGGAGGACACUUAAGGAUUCAGUAUGAAUCUCCCACUGCCAGCUUUGACACUUCCCUGGAGGAUGAUGCUGGACGGUACAUCCCAGAGGGCAUUGCAGCACCGUCUACCACCCCUACUGCAGGCCCUGCCCUCAGCCCUGACAGUGAUGCCGCCUCAUUGACCUGUCUGCUCGCAAGCUGCUCGUUCUAUGACCACAUGCUCCAUGUGUGGCGCUGGGACUGGACUCCAGAUGAGGCUCAACAGGAAUCAGAGCAACACUGACCAGGCUGGAGCACUGACUGAGAUGACACUAUAGAAACAUCUUCUUUCAAAUUCUAAAACAAACCAAAGUAAAGCAAAAUAUAAGGUGCAGCUAUGACAUGGGCAAGAGACAGUUAUUAAGUCCCCUCACUUUGGAAUACCUUUUCACGGAAUGUGCAAAUAACAAAACCCUAUAUUUUCAUAAUUAGUGAUUUUUUUUAAAUAAACAUAUUUAAACAUAAAUUGUGUAUAGCCCUUAUACUGUACAUCCUGUAGCAGCAAGAGCAGUACCAUUCACCCACCAUUAUAGCUUUUUUAAGCAUUUUGUGGAUUUGUUCACAAAAACACCUUGCUUGAAGGCCAGCACCAAGUUUAACACAUGAAUAAGAGACCCAUGUAUAUGUUUUAAUGUUUCUGAUGACUUUGAGUCUCAAAGGGAAAUUCUCUUCAUUUGCAACCGUCUGGCCUUCUAGGCACUCUGCGCUCCUGGAUUCAGUUAAGUGUUUGACAUGACAGGGUUUAUGCUUGAUGACUUGACUUUACCCCAGACUAGCUGUGUGAAGGCUGGUGUUAAGGCUCCCUUGUAGUGAACUUCCUCUAGAGAAACCCUUUUUUUGCAUUUGUGAAGUGUUAUGCCAGCCUCUGUGCUGCUGCCCAGAAAUCUGAGGUGGUGAUCUUCACCAUAUGCUGAUUUUGGAAACUUCACAGUAUAUGAAAAUGUGUGGAGGCCACUUUUAUUGCUGGUUAUAAACAUUGCACUUUUUGACCAAUAAAGUUACACUGACAACUU